AUGUCGCUUGGAAGCCCAGCCGUGCCCUGGCUCAUCUGGCGUUGCAGUCACAUUCAACACUCCUGUCUCGAGGCCGCAGUGAACCUAGGCUCUUUCCUUCUUUUCUCACUCACGAAACUAGGAUCGGAAUUGAAAACCAGCACGGAAUUAUGGAGUGUUUGGUCCGAGCUGAGCUAUUUGGGCUGGAGAUGUCUCUGUCUUCACCUCUCCUACUCCGGCGUUACUGGGUCAAUCACCUACUGGGGUUUCGACUGGACAUAUUUCCUUCUCUUUCCAUUCUUUCUGUCCCUAUUCUGGGAGAAAGAGCAACAAGCAGAUGCCUGGGUUGUCAUAUGGUUCGCAGCGCAGAGCAAUCCUUGGCUCUGGAAGACAGGCGCAACUUACGCUAAAGUAGAAGAGGCCACGCCAGACCUGAUUCGAAGUGACCUCGUCCUCUGA